GCUACCUUUAAAGAUAAAGUGAGAGCAUGCUGUCUUAUCAGUCUGUUUAGUGACAUAAGGCGAAGACACACAGGAUGCUGUGCAUCAUCACUCUAUCGUUACUCGCCGGGGCGUUUGCUGCACCCACGACUACUUCGCCGCCGAGCACAGCGGAAGCUGCGCAGUUAAUCGCCUUCUUCAAACAGAUCUUCAACACUCUCGACGAUAAUAAAAACGGGCACCUAGAAGUAGCUGAGAUGUACAAAGCCUUCGACGACGAUGACACGAACAAUGAUCACAUCUUGAGUAUGGACGAGUUCACGACAGGGGCAACAACUCAGAGGAAAUUCUUAGAAGCUGUUUUCAAGACCUUGGAUAGCGACCAUGACGGCACCAUAAGUCGACAGAUCACUUCCUCCAUGUUCAAGAUGCUGGACGAGAACAGUGAUGGCCUUGUUGACUUGAAAGAAUUCGUUAACCAGUACUCUAAAAUCUAUGUCUUGGUUCUGAAAAGUCUUCAGCAACCUCAAGGAAACUGAUGCGACAAGGGAGUUUCAGACCCUGGGAGUAACACGUCCAUGUAUUGCCAUGACCAACCAGUGUGUUGCUCUAAUAAACAACCUUAAACGUCA